GCAUAUCCAUAAGCAAUUAUUCUAAUGGCAUUUGAAGUCCAGACCCGUGACCCCAGAUUACAAUCAGAUAACCCAGACCCCACUCGAAUGAAACAAGGUUCACUCGUGUCGUUUAUUCCUGUCAGUGCCUCGUUGGCAAUGUCCCCGAACACUUGGAUAGUCGAAAUGCCCGAGCAAAAAACGCGUUCACAUCCGUAUCCGCGUAGGGUCUCGCCUUACAGAACUGCGUCUCUGAACAGGGAUGCCUUCACUAGGGAUAGCACGGCAUCGGCAGGACCUGUUCCUUUAAGGAACCAUGAUUACCCCGUAUUCGAGGACAUUCGCACCAUAUUAUCCGUGCUGAAGGCUAGUGGCUUGAUGCCUAUAUACGAACAAGUGUCCAAUUACGAAGUGGGACCUCCGACCAAAACCAACGAGUUCUACUCCUUCUUCGUAAGAGGCGCGGUACAUGCCUUGACCAUCUUUAAUGUCUAUAGUUUAUUUACACCGAUAUCGGCCCAAUUAUUUUACUCCUACCGGGAGACAGACAAUGUGAACCAGUGGAUCGAGCUGCUACUAUGCAUCCUUACCUAUACCCUUACUGUUUUUGUGUGUGCCCGGAAUACGAAGAGCAUGUUAAGGAUCAUGAAUGAAAUCCUGCAACUGGAUGAGGAGAUACGUCGACAGUUUGGCGCCAAUUUGAACCAAGACUUCGGCUUCUCUGUGAAGUUUUUGGUGGGAAUAGCCGCCUGCCAGACUUAUAUCAUCGUGUUAAAAAUAUAUGCCGUUCAAGGAGUGAUCACACCCACCUCCUAUAUACUGCUGGCCUUCUAUGCCAUCCAGAAUGGGCUGACAGCCACGUAUAUAGUAUUUGCAUCGGCCUUGCUCAGAAUUGUGUAUAUACGAUUUCAUUUUAUAAAUGAACUACUGACUAGAUACACCUAUGGGCAGCAGAAUAAACGCAAAGGAGGCGGAGGGAGGCGAGCGCAUGGUAAUAAUAAUAUUAACCCCAAUGCCGCUAUUAUGGAACAUUUCCCCGAGGACUCCCUGUUCAUAUACCGCAUGCACAACAAACUGCUGCGUAUCUACAAGGGCAUCAAUGAUUGCUGCAACCUGAUUCUGGUCUCCUUCCUGGGAUACUCAUUCUACACGGUCACCACCAACUGUUAUAACCUUUUUGUUCAGAUCACCGCGAAGGGCAUGGUGUCGCCCAACAUUCUGCAGUGGUGCUUCGCGUGGCUCUGCCUACACUUUUCCCUUUUGGCCCUGUUGUCCCGGAGUUGUGGUCUUACCACCAAGGAGGCCAACGCGACAUCCCAAAUACUGGCGAGGGUAUAUGCCAAGUGCAGGGAGUAUCAGAAUAUCAUUGACAAAUUCCUAACCAAGAGCAUAAAGCAGGAGGUGCAGUUCACGGCAUAUGGAUUUUUCGCCAUAGAUAACUCUACGCUUUUUAAGAUAUUUUCGGCAGUCACCACAUAUCUGGUCAUCUUGAUCCAGUUUAAACAGCUCGAAGACUCGAAAACUGAUGACUCCGUACCAAAGCAGACCUAAAUAUAUCCUUUUAAUCAUCUCACAUAUAUGUAUUUAUCUUUAUUCGACUUUGUCCCUUUGUUUAUUAGCACUACAAAUAUUAAAACAAUUUUAUUAAUUACAAAUAUGUGAGUUGAAGAUAU